AUGUCUGGUGGGCAGACAGGUGUCGAUAGAGCAGCAUUAGAUGUAGCUCUAGAUUUUAAAAUUGGAGUUACAGGUUGGUGCCCGAAAGGGCGGAUUGCAGAAGAUGGAAUAAUUCCUGAAAAAUAUCCUCUUAUCGAAACAGACACCGAAGAACAUUCACAAAGAACCGAAAUGAAUAUUAGAGAUUCAGAUGCAACAUUAAUUUUAAUUAUAUCAGAACCAAAUACUUCUAGCGGAACUGCUCAUACUAUCAAUUAUGCAAAUAAAAUUAGAAAGCCAUUAAAGAUUAUUUAUCUUAGUAAUGAAAAAGAUCUUGAAAAUGAAAAUAUAUCUCAAGUUCUUAAAUGGAUAAAAGAUAAUCAUAUCAAAAAAUUAAAUGUAGCAGGGCCAAGAGGAAGUCUAGAUCCUGAAAUCUAUAAAAAGUCAUAUAAUUUCUUGACCAGUUUGUUAAUUAGAUUAACUGAAUAUAAUUAA